UCUCUUACUUUCGACAACACAGGACACCGUUUGGACUGCGGUCUUAUUUACACAGCUCUGGUAAACAUCUGAAAUCUCGCCAGUGGUCGUGGAUUUGGAAAAAUAACAAGAUGUGGAAAAUAGGACAAAAACUUUCCUUGCUCUUGAUGUUCAACAUUAUUUUUGGCUGGACUCAGGGAAUGAGAAACAUUACAAAGCACUACAGCUCCUACUACGGGCUUCUAUGUGAAGAGCCCUGUGCCACACAUGGGAAAGACUACCUCUGGUGCAACACUAAAAAUGGCUGGGACUAUUGCUCAACAGAAGAGAAUAUUGAUUCCUAUGGCCAGCCGUGUCGAGAAGACCAUCCCUGUAGUAAGUAUGGCAAACGUUACCAUUGGUGUUAUACAGAGGCUGGCAGCUGGGGUUACUGUGGAGCAGUGCGUACAGCAGAACCAAAGGCACUGUUAUAUAGGGGUUCAAAUUACAUGACUCCAUGCUGGGAUGACUGUUUGUAUGAUGAGAAAAAGAAGUACUUUUCGUGUCACACGGAGGAUGGGUUGGACGUCUGCUCCCCACUACCCCAUGUCACGUACAAGAACGAGCUGUGCCGCUUGAACCACUUUUGUGGCACCCAUGGCUCCAGUAACACCUGGUGCUACACAGACUCAGAUGAUGAUGACAAGUGUGGACUCAUCAGCCCUGGAGAAUGUCAGCACAUCAUCCCUGAUCCUAUGAAAGAAGACUCGAAGACUGUGAUGUACUGUACAUGGAAGGAUGGAAAGAAUGAAAAGGUGAUCAGGUUCAAUGCCAAGCAAGACCUCACAAUAUCUUCUCACGCUUUCAACUGGAAGAAUGAAAUAAUCAAUUUCAUUGCAGAAUGGAAAAAUUCCAACCUAAACCCAGAGACCAUGUAUAAACCGAUCACCUCAGAGAACCUCAGGUUUGAGCAGAGGUUGAUAGAUGAAGGAGGUCAUCAAUGCUAUAACCUCCAAAUCAUGGUGAAUGUACACUCACAUUUUGGGAGGAGCACCAGACUGGCCCACGUGAUAAUACCCAAAGAUAAAGAAGUUCCAGAUAGAUUUGUUCGACUGGGCUUCAAGGAGAGCUUCCGCAAUCGUGCCAAGAUAUCUGUGGAAAUGAAAUAAUUUACAUAAGAUAUAUACUUUUUUAAUGUAUGAGGGGUGGUCAAGUCAAAGUGGGACUUUUGAUUGUGUGAACACAGUUCUGAGGGUAAAAAAACCCUUCCUUUAAUUCUUUAUAUAAUCCCCUGCUACACUAAUGCACUUAUUUCGCUAGUGUUUGGAUACCACCAAGGUCGAAAGUUCUCUCAGUAUCAGACUGUCACCUUGGUAUUUUACUUUGGUAAAGUAAAAGAAAAAAAAUGUCUUUAUGUGUAUAAGAGGAAUUUAACA